AUGAUUUUCUUGGGAUUAAAUAGUGAUUACAAUGCUCGAAUAAAUUUAAAAAUAAAAUUUAUUGUAAAAUCAAUAAUAAAAGUUUUAGCUAAGCAUUUAGUCUUAAUAAGUAUUUUAAAUUUAAUUAUAUCACUAUGUUAUAACUAUAUUAUAAACAGAGACAGUAAUAACCAGUUAAAUAUCGUAGCACAUUUACUAAGAGGAACAUUUGUUAGUUCUAUACCAUCGUGUUUAACCCUAUCAUUAUUAAUAUUUUUUAAAGAACAAAGUCUAAAUAAUUAUAAAUAUAAAGAAUGGAAUUUAUUGAAUAUAUUAUGUGUAAUAUUAACUUUUUAUAGUAUACUUUAUACAAAAAUAAUUUUUUCAAAGGAAUAUGGGAAUAAUAUAUAUGAUAUUAUAUAUGUAGCAGCUAUAUCGUAUAUACUACAAAAAAGAUUUAAUGAUAGAAAAUCAAAUAUUCAUGAUUUCCAGCAUUAUAUGAAUACAGAAAAUAAAAAUAUAAUUGAACUAAUUCAAAAGGGAAUAAUAUUAAAUAUAAUACCAUUUUUUUUCUCAUAUAUAUUGAGUUUUGUUGUUGAUAUAUUAUUAACAGUAAUUAAUAGUGUUACUUUUAAUAUUCUUAUAAAUAUAUUGACUCAUCCCUUUGAUGUUAUAUUGAGUUUACCCAAAAUAUAUAAUUUAUCAAAUAUUUAUGUUAUUACCAACUUCUCUUAUUGUUUUUCUAUAUUUUCAUCAAUAUGGAUAACAACUAUAUUAGAAUAUCAUUUUAUAAUUUUUAAUUUUUUAUUCAAUAAAUAUGAUUGUAAAGUUCUUACAUCAUUGAAUAAAUUCCCAAUGCAUAAUGAAUCUUCUUAUCAUGAUGAAUUUUUUGUUGUAAGUUGUAUAUAUAACUAUUUAAAAGAUGUAAGUUAUAAAAUUAAGGUAAAUAAUAUUGAGAUAACAAAUAUGGACAAAAAAACAAAGUUAAAAUUAUUAUUAUUUAAAAAAUUAAUUUUGAUUAAUGCAAGUUUAAAAUAUAAAGAUGAGUUAAAUAUACUAAGUCAUUUAUGUAACCCUAUAAAUACAAUGUUAUUUGAAGAUACAAAAUUUUGGAAUUCUUAUAUUGAUUCCUGUACAUUAUGUAUAGAAGAUUUAAUUGACCAAUUAAAAAAAUAUAUAAAUAUUUUAAACCAUGAUCAAACUAUUUAUUCCUAUGAAGAAAAGUUAGAAAUAAAAGGUGUAUUAGAAAAACACAGAAUAAAUAAAUUAAAAGAUACUAUUAUAUUAACAUGUGUAUAUUUAAAAGGAGUUGCUUUAUGGUCUAUUGCAAUAAGCAUUAUUUGUAAAAAUGUUAUAGUAUCAGUUAUUAGAAAGUUAUCAUCAAUUAUAGUUUCUUUAUCAUAUGUUUUAUUUGAUUUUUUAAAUUUCAUCAAAAUAAAUGAAUUAUAUGAUCCAUUACACCACCUCCUUUAUGAAAUGAAUUCUAUUGUAGAUAUUUUUAAAUUUUAUAAAGAUGACAUUUUAGAUAACAAAUAUCAAUAUUCCUAUAAUUUAUAUAAAGGCUUAUCAUAUUUAUUUAGAAAUAAAUCGUUAAAAUACUAA